AUGGCUAGCAAAGAGGGCACCGAGGUCGAGGUGCGCAAGUAUCUCCAACAGAGCCAUGACCGCAUCUUCGAGAACAACAAGAAAUGGGCAGAGGAGAUGCACAAGAAGAAGCCCGAGUUCUUCAAGGACCUGAGUGCGGGCCAGAGUCCAGACUAUCUGUGGAUUGGCUGCUCCGACUCGCGCAUCCCCGCCGAAGCCCUCACUGGCGUCGACCCCGGCGAGAUGUUCAUCCACCGCAACAUCGCCAACCUGGUCAACAACAUCGACUUGAACGUCAUGUCCGUCGUUAACUACGCGGUCCGACAUCUAAAAGUCAAGCACAUCAUCGUCUGCGGGCACUACGGCUGCGGCGGCGUCAAAGCCGCCAUGACGCCCAAAGACAUGGGGCUGCUGAACCCUUGGCUGCGAAACAUCAGAGACGUGUACAGACUGCACCAGGACGAGCUAGACAAGUGCGAGGGCGAGACGAAGUACGACAGACUCGUUGAGCUGAAUGUCUGGGAGCAGUGCAGGAACGUUAUCAAGACUGCGGCUGUGCAGCAGAGCUACAAGGAGAAUGAGUUUCCGAUUGUGCAUGGCUGGGUGUUUGGGUUCAAUGAUGGGCUGCUGAAGGAUCUGAAAUUUGAUCACGAGGGGCAGUUGGCCGAGAUUCAGAAGAUCUACAAUCUUGCUGAGUUUUCGAGUGGGGAGUAUUGA